UAAUUGAAACUCCAUCCUCUUCUUCUCUCUUCCAACUCAAACAAACCCUAAUUCACUACUUCAACUUAUUUCAUUCACUCCAAAAAUCUGUAUUAUCCACAAAAUCAUCAACUAUAGGCUAAAAUUAAUUUAUAAAAAUAUCAUCAUUAAUUACAUAUAGCUUUGCAUAUUUCUUAAAUAACCUAAAAUAUAAAUAAACUCUUACAAAAAUUCUCUCCUCAAAUUCAUCAUCAAGAAUGUCUGUCCGUACCAGUCGUCCCUUGCAAAAUAUGUUGCAGGCUGCAGUGCAAUCGGUUCAAUGGACUUACAGUUUGUUCUGGAAAAUUUGUCCACAGCAAGGAAUUUUAGUAUGGGGUGAUGGUUAUUACAAUGGAGCUAUCAAGACUCGAAAAAUGGUGCAACCAAUGGAGGUUAGUGAUGAAGAUGCGUCUCUACAAAGAAGCCAACAGCUUCGAGAACUUUACGACUCGUUAUUAUCGGCCGGAGAAACUAAUCAGCAGCCGGCAAGAAGGCCUUGUGCCGCCUUAUCGCCGGAAGAUUUAACGGAGUCGGAAUGGUUCUAUUUGAUGUGUGUCUCCUUCUCUUUUCCUCCUGGUGUAGGGUUGCCGGGGAAGGCUUAUGCUGAAGGGCAUCAUGUAUGGCUUAUAGGUGCUAAUGAAGUUGACAGCAAAACCUUUUGUAGGGCUAUCCUUGCCAAGAGCGCUCAUAUACAGACUGUAGUAUGCAUUCCUCUUCUUGACGGUGUUGUUGAAUUUGGUACAACUGAUAAGGUUCAAGAGGAUCCUGGAUUUGUGCAACGGAUGAAGGAUUUCUUCGUUGACCAUCACCGCCUCCCACCUGCGCCGCCAAAACCAGCUCUCUCUGAACACUCAACUUCAAACCCUGCAACAUCAUCAGACCAUCUCCUUUUUCACUCUUCUCCCAUCCUUGCUGAGUACGGCGGUAAAGAACAUCCACCUACUAACCCGAACCAAGAGGAGGAAGAUGAGGAAGACGAGGACGAAGAAGGGUCCGACUCGGAAGCAGAAACAGAUCGAAAUUAUAAUCUCUUUGUACGACUAAGUAGUGACGAAACUCAAAACAUUCAAGCACCAGUGACAGAAACGAUGGCAGGUGCAACAGAGCCAAAUGAACUUAUGCAACUAGGAAUGUCGGAGGAUAUUCGACUUGGCUCACCUGAUGAUGGGUCUAACAACUUCGACUCGGAUUUCCAUUUGAUCGGGUCAAUCAACCCAGAUUAUCAAACUAGAGCAGAAUAUGCAAGAGGAUGGAAUUUAUCACAUGGUCCAUUGAUGAGUUUUCAACCACCACUUCCAGGGCCACCACCUCCACUCCAAGACAUGAUGCCACCACAGGAAGGCACGCAUUACUCACAAACAGUCUCCACAAUCCUCCAAUCCCAGCCAAUAAGAUGGACUGAAUCCUCCUCCUCAACAGCAGCCUACUCCACCCAAUCAACAUUCACCAAGUGGUCCGAUCACGUUCCCCACUUACCGAUGGAAGGCACGUCACAGUGGUUCCUUAAGUACGUACUCUUCAGCGUGCCAUAUCUCCACCAGAGAUACAGUGAGGAGAAUUUCCCCAAAUCACGUGAUGCAGACAUCCGUAGCAAAGGUGUAGCAGCACAAGAUGAGCUCAGCGCUAAUCAUGUGCUGGCAGAACGACGUCGUAGAGAGAAACUCAAUGAAAGAUUUAUAAUAUUAAGGUCGUUAGUACCAUUCGUGACGAAAAUGGAUAAGGCAUCGAUAUUAGGCGACACUAUAGAGUAUGUGAAACAGCUACGUAAAAAAAAUCAAGAUUUGGAAGCGCGUAAUAGGCAAAUGGAGAUUGAGAAACAACGAUUAAGAGCAUCAUCAGAGCCAAUAGACCAGAGGAGUGGAGCGACCAGUGUGACUAGGAGUUGUAGUUUGGUAAGUGAAAAGAAGAAGUUGAGGAUUGUAGAAGGGAGUAGUGGUUGUGCAAACCCAAAAACAGUGGAGACAUCAUCAUCACCGGUAGCAGAGGCAGAGCCAGUUGAUGUAGAAAUAAGCGUUGAGGUAUCGAUAAUAGAGAGUGAUGCUUUGUUAGAGUUGCAAUGUAGAUACAGAGAAGGGUUAUUGUUUGAUAUAAUGCAGACACUGAGAGAUUUGAGGAUUGAAACAACAACGAUUCAAUCAUCGUUCAUUGAUGACAUGUUUAUGGCUGAACUAAGAGCAAAGGUGAAAGACAAUGUUACUGGGAGGAGGGUAAGCAUUGUGGAGGUAAAAAGAGCAAUAUGUCUAAUAAUCAAUUAACUACCCUUUAAAUUAGUAAAGUUAGCUCUUAACUACGCACAUUGCAUCAAAACUUGCAAUGUUUAUGUAGUAGCCAGCAUAACUAUAGAAAAAUCGGGUUGAGACAAAAAGUUUAUUGUUAUCACAACAUACCCUGCACUCCACUUUCGGCCAUUUUUUCCAAAUCUUCCUGCGACAACAGUGUUUUCCUACCCGCAGCACCAGUCUUGUCGUAAGGUUGAGCCAUUUUUCGAAGAAACUGCAAUUAUAAGAAAUUAUAUUACAACUGAA